CUGUAGUAUCUCUGCCUGCCCCCAAUGGACUGAAAAAAUAGAAACAGGAACUCCGCACCGGACGGCAGUCACAAUGAGACAUUUACAGAACUUUCAGCGGCUGGCGGUCCGCGCCUUCAGCGUGACGGCCAGGCAGAUGAGGAACAAGGUGCCGGAACACCAGAAGUUCUUCCAGGAGGACAACGGCCUGCCUGUUCACAUCAAAGGAGGGACCUUCGACGCCCUCCUCUACCGCUUCACCAUGACAAUCACUGUCGUAGGUACUGGAUUCUCAAUGUACUGGCUCCUAAUUGCCUGUCAGCCCCGGAGUAAGUAGGAGAGAAGGGAGAUCAAAACCACACCAAUUUUUCACGCACGCCAAGGAUGUCACAUGGGUGCCCUCAAAAUAUAAUUAUGAUU